AUGGGGUCCCAGGUGCUGCUGCUGCUCCGGCAGGGCGUGUGGGCCGCGCUCACGGGCGGCUGGUACCACGACCCCGAGCACAGCAAGUUCACCAACAGCUGCCACCUCUACCUCUGGCUGUUCCUGCUGCUGCUGCCCCUGGCCCUGCACCUGGCCUUUCCUCCAACCGCUGUCACAGCCCUGCUAUACUGCGGCUUGGUGACCAUCUUCUUCGCGGCCAUCAAACUGGUCAGCUACCGCCUGCAUCUCAUGUUUGAUGAAGGCGAGGUGAUCUGCCAGAGGCCCCCCCGGGGGAGGGAGAAGUCACCAACUGUCAGGGAGGCCAAGGGCGAGCGCACGGCCAGCCACAAGAACCCCAGGCAUCUUCACAGCACCAAGAAGGCGGGGAUCCCCACGGGCCACCCCACGCCACCUCUCCAUGGCCGUUCCAGUGGACACAGCGGACACUCCCACCCCUCUUCUGGUCUCUCCGUGGGUGGCCUCUUUGUGUCAGCCCCAGCAUGGCCCAUCUUGCGGGAAGGGGGGGUCUCUGGCACCCAUGUCAGUGCCCAUGGACACAACGGAGUUGAGACCACGGAUCUGCUUCAGCCUCGCCAAGCCUUUGUCCAUGUCACGUCUGCUGAGGGGAGCGGGCAGGAGAGGGCCGCCCUUCGGGUCACACAGGACACGGCGUGGCUGCCUUUGCACGCGCCUGCGAGCCCGCUGCACGUUGUCACUCGGGGCUACUGGGCCACGGUGGACUUAGGCCUGAUCAUCACAACCAGGGUUGUGUGUGGGGUGGUGUCACGGGCAAAGAUCUUUCAGGAACAAUUCCUGGCCACGGUGAUGUUCCUAGAUGCAGACAUCCUUCCUGGGACGGGGACUCGGUGCCUGCCGGCUUCCCAGCCCCAGGGGCUGGCCCCUGCGCCCAGGAUGGAGGAGGCCGAGAAGCCCCGCAGGGCAGAGACGCGCCCGGCCCGGCACAGGUCGGAGGGCGGUUUGGAGGACUCGGGUGCCUUGAAGACGAUGCCGCCACUGUCACUGUCACAGCGUGAUGUGUCCUUCCCUCCGUGGGGCAGUGAGCACUCGAUCCCGGGCCCAGAGGCCCCCUCGCGGGAGCCGGGUGCCCUGAGCAGCAGCUGCCCGCAGUGUAACACCGCGGUGGCCAGGCCCCUGGCGCAGGGGGCUGGCAGCCCCAGUGCUGUGGCCUUGAACCAGGAUGUAGACGGCUCCAGCAGUGAGCUGGCCACGUCCCUCCCCAGGGCCAAGCAGCGCGGGGACCCACUGAGCGCAUGCGAGCCCAUCAGAAUCGUUGUCACCAUGAGCAGCACCCCAAACUCUGUGAGCGACACAGGCAGCUCUCUGGACCUGCAAGCCACACGUGCGGGCAGGGACGUGACAAUGCUCAGCUCUGACGCAGACCACGAGCAGACCCGGGGUCCUGUGGUCACCCUGGCACUGCCCGAGGAUGGGGCAGAGAGUGGCCAGGGAAGGGAAAGGACCCCGGAGGGAGCGGAGGCAGGGGCCUCAGGUCAGUGUUGGGCCUGUGGAUCUGGAUCCGGAGACGGGUGCUGUGCCUCCCGGGAGGCCAUCACUGCCCCGAGGCCCUCCCCAGAGCCCGCCCCUGUGGGAGCCUCCAAGCCUGGGGUGGGCAGCGAAGGCCAGGCAAGCCUGGACCCAGCCUCCUGUAGGAGUGGCCAGGAGAAGAGGCAUGCCCGUGUGCUCAGUGUGGGCAGCGGCACGGACAUCUUCGCUGCGGUGGCCAACAGCAAGGAGGGGCCCAUGCCGGCCUCCAAGUCUGACCUGGAGGCCAAGGGGGGACAGGUGCCAGACGAGUCCAACUUCCUGGAGUUUGUCUCCCUGCUGGAGUCCAUCAGCACUUCCCCGGGGCCGGGCCAGAGACCCCCAGAUUGUGACAUCCAAGGGAGGAAGAAGGAACCCGGUGGACCAGAUCCUGGGCCAGGAAAGCCAGAUGCCGCGAGCCGGGAGCCCGCCAGCACCAGCCCAGCUUGCACGCCCCCCGUGCAGGCCACUACUCUCUUCCAGGGCGGCCGGCAGAGGCAGAUCAUCUACAGGGUCACCUCGCAGCAGGACAGCUCCGUCCUGCAGGUCAUCAGUGGGCCGGAAACCUCAGGGCAGGAGGAGACCUCUGCGGACGCCAUGCAGGUCUUCAUUGAUGAGCGCGGGGAGAUCCGGUCCUGUUACUUGAAGUCCGGGAAGCAGAAGGAAGGCCCCGCACCAUGCCCUGUGGCCAGCUUGGAUGGCGUUGCCCAUGUCCGGGAGACGCUUGUGAGCUCCUCCAGCACCACCACCUCUGGGAGCCCGGACCCGUCCUCAGGGGACCCCGUGGUCAGCGCCCUGCAGCAGCAGCUGCUGCUCAUGGCGGCCCGGAGGACGCCGUCAGAACCGCCCCGGCAUGUCAGCCAGGAUCUGGAAGACUCAUCCUGUUCUUCUGCGCAAGGAAAGUUUAAUCGGGAGCAGUUUUACAAAUUCAUCAUUUUCCCUGGCAAGUGGAUUAAAGUGUGGUACGACCGCCUCACGCUGCUGGCGUUACUGGAUCGAACUGACGACAUUAAGGAGAAUGUGCUGGCGGUCCUGCUCGGCGUCCUGGUGUCCUUUCUGGGUUUCCUGACACUCAAUCGCGGCUUCUGCAAGGACCUGUGGGUGCUGCUGUUCUGCCUGGUCAUGGCCAGCUGCCAGUACUCCCUGCUCAAGAGCGUGCAGCCUGACCCCGCCUCUCCAGUCCACGGACACAACCAAAUCAUCACCUACAGCAGACCCGUCUAUUUCUGUGUACUGUGCAGCCUUAUUUUGCUUCUCGAUGCUGGGGCCAAAGCCAGGCACCCACCCCGAUUCGUGAUGUACGGCCUGAGGCUCUUCUCUCCACAAUCCCUGCAGUUGGCCAGGGAUGGCCUUAUAGGGUUUCUGUACUGCUUCCCUGCACUCUCCCUGCUCGGGCUCUUCCCGCAGAUCAACACCUUCUGCACCUACCUUCUGGAACAGAUUGACAUGCUGCUCUUCGGAGGCUCGGCCGUCUCUGGGAUCCUGUCGGCCCUGUACAGCGUGGGGCGGAGUGUCUUGGUGACGGUGCUGCUCCACGCCGUCUGCUUCAGCGCGGUGAAGGAGCCCUGGAGCAUGCAGCAUAUCCCUGCGCUCUUCUCAGCCUUCUGCGGGCUCCUGGUCGCUCUGUCCUUCCACCUGAGCCGGCAGAGCAGCGACCCGUCAGUGCUCCUGUCCUUCAUCCAGUGCAACAUGUUUCCCAAAUAUUUACAACAAAACCUAGAGGAGUCGGCCGCAGACCCCCUCCCGCAGAAGAUGAAGGAUUCCGUGAGGGGCGUCCUGAGGUCAGAUCUGCUCAUCUGCUCCGUGGCCGCUGUCCUCUCCUUCGCAGUCAGCGCGAGCACCGUGUUCCUGUCCUUACGUCCAUUCCUCAGCGUGGUGCUGUUUGCCCUGGCGGGCAUCGUGGGACUCAUCACCCACCACCUGCUGCCCCAGCUCCGCAAGCACCACCCCUGGCUGUGGGUGUCGCACCCCAUCCUGAGGAGCAGGGAGCACCGGCCGCAGGAGCCCACAGAGGUAACCCGUUUGAUGUGGUUUGAGAGACUCUACGUCUGGCUUCAGUGUUUUGAGAAGUACAUCUUAUAUCCAGCAAUAACUCUGAACGGCCUCACCCUCAACGCCUUCUCCAUAAGCAAUCACCGGAGACUCGGCACCCACUGGGACAUUUUCCUGAUGAUCAUCGCCGGCAUGAAACUGCUGCGAACUUCCUUCUGCAACCCGGUCCACCAGUUCAUCAACCUGAGCUUCACCGCCAUCUUCUUCCACUUUGACUACAAAGACACUUCCGAGGGCUUCUUGUUGGAUUUCUUCAUGGUGUCCAUUUUAUUCAGCAAGCUCGGGGACCUGCUGCACAAGCUGCGGUUCGUGCUGGCCUAUGUGGCCCCCUGGCAGAUGGCCUGGGGUUCCUCCUUCCAUGUCUUCGCCCAGCUCUUCGCCGUCCCGCAUUCGGCCAUGCUCUUCUUCCAGACGGUUGCCACGUCGAUCUUCUCCACACCUCUGAGCCCGUUCCUCGGGAGUGUCAUUUUCCUCACCUCCUAUGUCCGGCCGGUGAAAUUCUGGGAGAAAAACUACAAAACAAGGCGCGUGGAUAAUUCCAACACGAGACUGGCAGUCCAGAUCGAAAGGGACCCAGGAAAUGACGACAACAACCUCAACUCCAUCUUCUAUGAGCACUUGACACGGACCCUCCAGGAGUCCCUCUGUGGGGACUUGCUUCUUGGCCGGUGGGGUAACUACAGCUCUGGCGAUUGCUUCAUUUUGGCUUCAGAUGACCUCAAUGCCUUCGUGCACCUGAUUGAAAUAGGAAAUGGUCUUGUCACCUUCCAGCUCCGAGGGCUGGAAUUCCGAGGAACCUACUGCCAGCAGAGGGAGGUGGAGGCCAUUAUGGAAGGCGACGAGGACAACAGAGGCUGCUGCUGCUGCAGGCCUGGCCACUUGCCCCACCUGCUGUCCUGCAACGCAGCCUUCCGCCUGCGCUGGCUCACCUGGGAGGUCACCCGCACUCAGUACGUCCUGGAGGGCUACAGCAUCAUGGACAACAAUGCCGCCACCAUGCUGCAGGUGUUCGAUCUUCGCCGGACCCUCAUCCGCUACUACAUCAAGAGCAUCAUCUACUACAUGGUGGCCUCCCCAAAGCUGCUCUCCUGGGUGAAGAACGAGGCCCUCCUCAAGUCCCUACAGUCCUUUGCCAAGUGGCAUCACAUCGAGCGCGACCUCGCCAUGUUCCACAUGAAUAUCGAUGACGACUUCGUGCCGUGCCUGCAGGGCAUCACGCGGGCCAGCUUCUGCACUGCCUACCUGGAGUGGAUCCAGUUCUGUGCAGGGAAGAGACAGGAGCCUUCCAAGGCCCUGGGCAGCGUGGACAGCGACGAGGACUCCCCCCUGGUCACCUUGUCCUUCGCGUUGUGUAUCCUGGGUAGACGAGCCCUGGGGACUGCCGCCCACAACAUGGCCCUCAGCCUGGACUCCUUCCUGUAUGGUCUGCACACCCUCUUCAAAGGUGACUUCAGGGUGGCGGCGCCAGAUGAGUGGGUGUUUGCCGACAUGGACCUGCUGCACAAAGUGGUGGCUCCCGCCAUCAGGAUGUCCCUGAAACUACACCAGGACCAGUUCACCUGCCCGGAUGAGUAUGAGGACCCAGCAGUCCUGUUCGAGGCCAUCCAGGCCUUUGAGAAGAAGGUGGUGAUUUGCCACGAGGGUGACCCUGCGUGGCGGGGCGCAGUGCUGUCCAACAAGGAGGAGCUGCUCACGCUGCGGCACGUGGUGGACGAGGGCGUGGAUGAAUACAAGGUCAUCAUGCUGCACCGGGGCCUCCUGAGCUUCAAGGUGAUCAAGGUGAACAGGGAGUGUGUCCGAGGGCUCUGGGCCGGCCAGCAGCAGGAGCUCAUCUUCCUCCGUAACCGCAACCCAGAGCGCGGAAGCAUCCAGAACAACAAGCAGGUCCUGCGCAACCUCAUCAACUCCUCCUGCGACCAGCCCCUGGGCUAUCCCAUGUAUGUGUCCCCGCUGACCACGUCCUACCUGGGGACCCACAGGCAGCUGCAGAGCAUCUGGGGUGGGCCCAUCUCACUGGGCAGCGUCACCACCUGGUUCCGGGCCAGGUGGCUGAGAAUGCGGAAGGACUGCAGCGCUGGCCAGCGCAGCGGCGGCAUUGAGGAAGGGGAUGCAGGCGGGGCAGCGCCCGGCAGCCAGGCCCCGUGUGCUAACAGCCGGGAGAGCGGUGUGGACCAAGCCAGAAAAGGGGGCGCCCAGCACUGGCCCUCACCGCGAGCAGGGCCUCCAAGGACAGGUAGGACAAAGGGCCGGAGCCAGUCUGUCCAGCCACAUUCAGCGCUCAGCCAGAGGCCGGCCGUCCUGAGCUCCUCAGGGCCCCUGGUGGAGGGCCGCCAGGCCUUCCUGCAGACGUCCUCCUCUGUGCACGAGCUGGCCCAGCGGCCUUUGGGCAGCCGGCUCUCCUUGCACACCUCAGCCGCGUCCCUGCACUCCCAGCCACCCCCUGCCAGCGCCGCGGGUCACCUGAGUGUCCGGGAGCGGGCCGAGGCCCUCAUCCGGUCCAGCCUGGCCUCCUCCACUAGCUCCACUCUCAGCUUUCUCUUCGGCAAGAGGAGCUUCUCCAGCGCCCUGGUCAUCUCCGGGCUGUCGGCCGCUGAGGGGGGCAACACCAGCGACACCCAGUCUUCCAGCAGCGUCAACAUCGUGAUGGGCCCCUCGGCCAGGGCUGCGGGCCAGGCCACUCGGCAUCACUCCGAGCCGUGCGACCCCACGGAGGCUGCUGAGCAGCGCCGGCUGCAUGAGGGCCGUCUGGCCGAGAACCCAGGCAUGAUGUGUAGAAGAGCCAGCCAGGAAGACAUGGGCCUGGACGACACGGCCUCCCAGCAGAGUGCCUCUGACGAGCAGUAG